AAAGAGCAGCCGCUUCUCGCCUCUCCUGCCAGCAGCGGGUGGGUGCCGAGGGGCUGGGUGCCGAGGGGCUGGGGAGCAGCACCCCGACCCCACACCCACCGCAGGGCACAGCCGCUCGCAGAGGAACCAGCAGCUUCCCUGUGGCAGCUGGUGACGUCCCGUGGGGUGGCUCUGCUCACCAUGGAGUAUCUGGUGCUGGGCUUGGCGCUGCUGGCCGGGACAUUGACUGCCGGCAGCCCCCUGCACCGGCGAGACCUCAGCCCUAUCAAGGAGGUGGCACUGGACAUGGCCCCCAACUCCUUCGACGACCAGUACCGGGGCUGCGGCCGCAUGAUGGAGGAGGAGCUGCAGGAGCUCAACCGCACCGAGUUCACCAACAACAGCAUCUACGCCAAUGCCUGGACCAUCGCUGCUGCCGAAUGGCGGAACCGGCGGGGCCGCGUCCCCCAGACGUCGACGCUGCGGCCGGAGCACGCCAUCGCCUUCCUGGCAUACACCCAGCAGGGCCCCCUGUACCGGGCGUUCAAUGUGGCCGUGCGCGAGGCCGGGCGCUCCCGUGGGGAAUACCUGCGCAACUUCCACUUCAAGGUGCUGCAUUUCCUGCUGACCGAGGCCCUGCGCUCCCUGCGGGACACCCGGCACCACCAAUGCCACCGCGUCUACCGAGGUGUCCAGGGCAUCCGCUUCACCGCCCGCAGCUGGCAGUCCAUCCGCUUCGGCCACUUCACCUCCGCCUCCCUCAGGUACGAGAGCACCCAGAACUUCGGCCAGGACACCUUCUUCUCCAUGGAGACCUGCUAUGGCGUCCCCAUCAGGGACUUCUCCUCCUUCCCCGAGGAGGAGGAGGUCCUCAUCCCACCCUUCGAGAGCUUUGAGGUCACCAGUGUCACCCGCAACGGGAGCAGAGCCCUCAUCCAGCUCCGCUCCCAGGCUGCAAACAGCACCUACAACUGCGAGUUCGUGAAAGAGAAGAGAUGCCGGAGCCGGCCGUGCGUCUUCAGCACAGGCUGGAGCAUCCCCAGGGACCCCCCACAUCUCUGGGGGCUCCUCCUGGCAGCCACGGCCCUGGCAGCUGCUGGGGGUCCCUGAGCCACGACGCCACCGCUGCCACUGCCCCACGGUGAGGACAAGGAGUCAGGAGCC